AUGUUCUUACUGAGUUUACUAUCGGACGUGAACAAAAUGACUGAUAGUCAAAGAAGACUGUUUAAAAGAAGAGUGCUUGCAUUGAUAGACGAUAUAAUGGACCAAAGUAGUGAAAAUAUGAAUAGUCCCAUCACACUUUAUUCUACUCCUUCACCGAUGAGUGCUGCCGAGGUAAUAAGUACGCCAAUUACCAUAAACGAAAGUCUGAAUGUAGUACAAUCAAAUACUGCCAGUCUUUAUUAUGAAUCAAUACCUAUGUUAUUAUCACAGGAAGAUGAAGAAUAA